AAGCUUCACAGAUGAAGAAGUGCAGGCGACCCUUCACCCAGUUCAGAUUCCUUCUCCAGUUCUGCAGAUUUUAGAUCCUGUAUUUUUGGAGGUUAUUUGCUCCAACAUGGCUUUCUUCACCCACCGCAUCAGCAGGAGCUUCUCUUCUUCUGCUGUCAGGAGUGUUGUGAUCAAAAAUGUGAUGGUCAUCGGAGGAGGUCAGAUGGGGGCAGGAAUUGCACAAGUCGCUGCGUCUACCGGCCACUCUGUGACGCUGGUGGACAUGUCCGAGGACAUCCUGAAGAAAUCAGUUAAAGGAAUCGAAGGAAGCCUGAAGAGGGUGGUGAAGAAGAAGUUUGCUGAUAAGCCAGAGGCAGGUGAAGAAUUCGUCCAAAAGAUUCUGCAGAAUGUAUCGAUCUGCACAGACCCUGCAGCUGCGGUUCCCUCAUCAGAUCUUGUGUUGGAAGCCAUUGUGGAGAACCUGAAAGUCAAACAGGAUCUUUUUAGUCGCCUGGACAAGCUAGCACCCGCACACUCAAUCUUCGCCAGCAACACGUCCUCUCUGCCCAUCACCGACAUCGCCAGCGCCACCAGCAGGCAGGACAGAUUCGGAGGCCUUCACUUCUUCAACCCCGUCUCCAUGAUGAAACUCGUAGAGGUCGUUGCGACGUCGGCGACCAGCCAGGAGACGUUUGACUCCCUCCUGAAUUUCAGCAAAGCGCUGGGAAAAACACCGGUGUCCUGCAAGGACACCCCUGGAUUCAUUGUGAACCGGCUGCUAGUUCCCUACAUGAUAGAGGCCCUCCGGCUGCAUGAGAGAGGUCAUGGAUCCAAAGAAGACAUCGACAUCGCCAUGAAACUCGGCGCCGGUUAUCCCAUGGGACCAUUUGAGCUCAGUGACUACGUGGGACUGGACACGCUGAAGUUCAUUAUAGAUGGCUGGAAUGAAAAGGAUCCCGACAACCCGCUCUUCACUCCGAGCGAACUUCUGAACAAGCUGGUUGCAGACGGAAAACUCGGCAAAAAGACGGGAGAGGGGUUCUACAAGUACAAGUGAUUGAGUCAGGAUCUGAACUGGGAACCAGUCAGAACUGGAGAAAUGAAGCUUCCCAGUAGGAACCGGAGAGCCUCUCAGGUCAUUUCCAUCCAGAUGAUUGCUGAAUGUUGUUCGAUCUGAUUAAAAGCUGUUUAAAACCUGC